AUGGAAGCCGGCUGGGCUUCAGAAGGGAACAUCAUUGCUUGUACUCAACCUCGACGUGUUGCCGCAACAUCCGUCGCAGGUCGCGUCGCCACCGAAAUCGGAUCACUUCUUGGGGAUGAGGUUGGUUACACUAUUCGAUUUGAAGAUGUUAGCGACAUCCAACGGACACGGAUAUUGUAUAUGACGGACGACCCGCUGCUGAGUAGAUACAGCGUGAUCAUGCUUGACGAAGCUCAUGAACGAACUCUCUACACUGAUCUUCUGCUCGGCGUCCUAAAAAAAAUCCGACGUAAACGACCCUCCUUGCGUUUAAUAGUAUCUUCUGCGACAAUCGAUGCCUCAUCAUUUUUGGACUACUUUACUUCUGCAACGUCGUCAAGCGAUGCCACCAUCGUCAGUCUGGAGGGUCGUAUGUUUCCUGUUGAGGUGGCAUACUUGCAAGAGCCUGUGUCAGAUUAUGUCGCCAAAGCUGCAAGUACCGCAGUUGAAGUCAAUGCCAAGUAUGGGCCUGGGGACAUUUUGAUAUUUUUGACCGGGCGUGAGGAAAUCGAUCGAUGUUUGGAGGAACUGUCAGAGCUAGCACCCAAGUGGAGAAGCCGGACUACGCGCUCCAUGCCGAUUCUCGUACCUCUCCCUCUUCACGCUGGUUUGACAACAGAAGAGCAGCUUGCGGUUUUCGAACCUGCACAACGAGGAACCCGCAAAGUCAUCGUUUCUACAAAUAUUGCGGAAGCUAGUGUUACUAUUGAAGGUAUCAAAUUUGUUAUAGAUAGUGGUUUUGUCAAGAUCCGAGUAUAUAACCCAACCACCGGCCUUGCAUCCUUGGCCACGGUCCCUACCUCUGUUGCUUCUGCCACUCAGCGCGCGGGACGUGCAGGACGCACAUCCUCCGGUGUAUGCUACCGGCUCUUCACUCAAGAAUCGUUUGCCAAGCUACCGUACUCUACCCCACCAGAAAUUACCAGAACUGAUAUGACCACUCCGUUGCUUCAACUGAAAUCUUUGGGAAUCGAUAAUGUAAUGAAGUUCGAGUGGGUGUCUGCUCCUCCAGCGGAAAGUGUUUUGAGGGCAUUAGAGAAUCUUUUUGCUGCUGGUAUGGUGGGCGAAGACGGACGGCUUUCACCCAUUGGUCAGAAAGUCGCAGAGUGCCCUGUCGACGUCGGUAUAGCAAGAAUGCUUUUCAGUUCUCAAGAAUAUCAAUGUGGGGAGGAGAUCCUAACAAUUGCCGCAAUGACUUCUGUCCAAGACGUUUUCAUUAUACCCGAUGGCGCACCAGGAGCACUAGCUGAACUUGAACGUCGGAAAUUUACCGCAGAAGAAGGGGAUCACUUGACGCUGUUGAAUGAUGCUCUCAAGUAUACAAUGCUUUUACGCGCUACGGACGUUCUUCCAGUUGGUGUAAAACCCAUGCACUAUCUUUUCGAGGGUUAUCCAGGGCAGUCUCGAUACGCGCGCAACUCAAAAAGUAUAUGCAAAGGUUCAAUCUACCCCUGGAGAGCUGCCAAGGCGAUGCAAAGAGAUUGA